ACAACUUCCUAAAGGGGUUUCACCAUGAAACUAACUGUGGUCUGCUUAGUGGUAAGCUUCUUUCUGCUGCACUAUGCAGAGCACAGUGAUGCCUGCUUGGAGGUAAUUGAGAAAGCGUUGGGUCUCCAACCGUGCAAUGAAGGUGGUCGCAACGAACACAGGGAGCCUCACAGGGGUGGACCAGGACCUGUGAGAUCUACUAGGAGGCGCGGGAGAAUCCCUAGGAGACGUGAGACACCAAGACCAAUACAUCACAAUACCAGAGAACGGAGGCAUCACACAAAAACAAGGAAGCCUAGAAAACCCGUUCCUUGUAUUACGAAGAGGACGGAACCUCCACCGGUUACAGAUUUUACUACUCGAAAAUCCAAUCCACCAUGCACUUGUACUGAAAGCACUACUCGAAAGACAAAUCCGACUUGUACUUGUACGGAAAGCACUACGAAAAAGACAAAUCCGACUUGUACUUGUACUGAAAGCACUACUCGAAAGACAAACCCGACUUGUACUUGUACAGAGAGCACUACUCCAUGGACGGAACCACCAGUUACAGAUAUUACUACUCAAAAAUCCAAUCCACCAUGCACUUGUACUGAAAGCACUACUCGAAAGACAAAUCCGACUUGUACUUGUACUGAAAGCACUACUCAAAAGACAAAUCCGACUUGUACUUGUACGGAAAGCACUACUAAGAAGACAAACCCGACUUGUACUUGCACAGAGAGCACUACUCCAUUGACGGAACCACCGGUUACAGAUAUUACUACUCAAAAAUCCAAUCCACCAUGCACUUGUACGGAAAGCACUACUCAAAAGAUAAAGUCGACUAGUACUACUCAAGGGACUGAGCCACCAAGCACUCAGAAGACUCUUCCACCCAAUCCACCAAGCACUAAGAACACCGAACCACCAAAUAGCACUCCUCCUCCAGAGAAAACCACCCGAAAACCAUGCGGAUGUAGUAGCUCUCACCCGUCUGGAUGGAAUCCUGGCGGUCCUAUAAUCCCAAGCUUUUCAACGACUACCAAGAAACCGGACGAAUGUUCGACAAAACCUUCAGGUUGGAAUCCCGGAGGUCCGAUUGUGACAAUACCAACAACUUCUCGAACGCCCUGCGGGUGUGUCUCGUGGAAUCCACCAGGUUGGAAUCCCGGCGGUCCUUGGCCUCCCACAUUUCCCGGACCUUGCAGACCAGGACCUGUCAUUCCCAACAAUGCAGAAUGCGGAUUCGAUCCACAAUGCCCACAAGGCUGGAAUCCCGAUAGUCCUCUAUUACCCGAUCCCGAAAUUCCCGGGAAUUUUGGACCCGGACCUGUCAUUCCCCGCAGUGGAGAAAAUGGAUGUGGCUGCUCCUGCUCGUGAUUUGCAUGUCCACCAUUGAUGUCCACCAAAAGCGGAACUUAGGAAAGAGCUUCGUAUUACCGUGAAUCGAAUACAAAUACUGAUGGAAGAUUGCAUCCAAUAAAAACCAUGUUGAUUGAAGAAG